AUGGAGCGACGCCUCCACCGCGCCGCCGCCGCUGCGCAGAGGGAGGAGGAGCGGCUGCACCGGUUCCUCCGCCCCGGCGCGCUCGCGCGGCUCAGGGACUCGAGGAUCGUCGCCCGCUCCCUCCGCUCGGCGGCGGCGGCGGCGACCCGCCUCCUGCCCACGUCCCUCCCUCCUCCCCCUCCCCCGCCGCCGCUGGUCACCGAGCAGCAGGCCGGCACCGGCGCCGGCAUGCCGCACUUCCUCGCUCCGGCGAGGGGGCUCGGCGGCGCGGGGAGGUACCCGCUCAGGAGGAGGCUGUGCGCGGCCAGGAGCGUGGUGUUCCUGCCGCCGCCGGCCGAGGAGGCGUUCUUGGGCGCGUACGUGCCGCCGGCGGAUCUUGUCCCCUCGCGCUCGCGGAGCUAAUAAAGAUUUUGGGCGUGUAGUGCGCGCGCGCUCUGUGCAGAUGUUCUACAUGUUCUUGGGGUUUUGCUUGAUAGUGAUUUAGGAUUUCGAGUAGGAAGAAAAAUAAUGCGAUUUCGAUCUUUUUCUUGUUUCCUCAGCUGAAUUGCAGAUUGUGAAUUAUCCCAAUCAAGAUGCCAAUUCUUGUAGUAACAAAUUACACCUGGCGUGAUUAGAUCUGUGACUUGGUUGCUAACUUGCUACCUGUCGUUCAUCUUCCAUCUCCCUCCACUUCGGCGU